GAAUUUCGAAAUCAAAAUUUUCGAAAUUGGAAAUCAGAAUAGGAAAUAUUAUUUUUAGUAGUCGAAAAAUGUUAUAUUCAACAGGAAAAAAAUAAAAAAUAUAUUAUACUCUGCAAUCAAAAAAACAACCCAUCACACUACAUACACUUUCAUAGUCAUUUUGUGAAAUAUGUGAUCACUCAAUAUUAGAUUCCAUUAUAAAAUAUGUUUUCACACUUUUAUUACGUAAAACACCAAUAUUCAUCUUUUUGAAUCUUAUAUUUUAUUGUACAACUAAAAAAGUGCUUUACAAUUACAUGUAAUACUAAAAUUAUUGAAAAUCACUGAAAGUACAACUAUUUGGUAAUUUUGUACAACUACUAUCUUGAGGAGAACUACUUGUAUAUAUUAGGCGGGAUUUUGAAAAAAAAUCGAAAUUUGGCGGACUUUUAUGAGUCAAUGCGGGAUUUUCGAGGGAAAAUGGAUUCCCACUUCCCACUUACUUCCCACUUCUCUCUCUCCUCUCUUCUCUCUCCCUCCUCUCUCCUCUCUCUCCUCUUUUCCUCGAUUCCUUCCUUCUCCUAUCACGAGAUCUCCUCCUAUCACCUUUCGCAAAUGGAUCCAUGGGUUGAGAAUCAGGAAAGGAAGGAGAUGAAGAAGAUGAAGAAACAUUUUGACAUGCUUCAGUUUAUUUGCGAUGCUGAACACGGGAUUCCAACUUCGUGCCCAUGUGGAGGACGAAUCGUCGACGAGGUUUCUACUAAUCCAACAGAUAAGGAUUUUCUACCAGGCCGAAGGUACUUCACUUGCAAUGAGUACAAGAAUGAUGGGUUUCACUUCCGUCAACCAUGGGUUCUCGGAGUUGAGGAAGAGGUUCGCUCCUUAAGGCAGGAUGUGGACAAAAUGGCUGAAGAGAUGCACAAAAUGGCUGAAGAAAUUGCUCAGCUUAAGGACCUUCUUACCCGUAAAUGAGAAGCCUUAUGUUGUUUGGAUUUGUGUCUUUUGUUUCUGCAAUAAGCCUUAUGUUAAGAUUACUGGUUGUGAUGAUGUGAUGUUGUGUUAAAGACUAUCUCCUAAUUAACGUGAUGUUGUGUUAA